AUGCUGCCGGCGCUGCUGUGGCUGCUGCUGGCCGCCCGUGCCGGCCGCGCCGCGCCGCCGCCGCCCGCACCUGCCGAGCCCGGCGCGCCGCCCGCCCGGCCCCCCGCCCCCGGGCCGCCCCGCGCCGUGCGGCGCCUCGACCCGACCUGCGGGGGCGGCAGGGCGGGCUACGUGCUCUACGCCGGGGGACAGCGCUUCCUGCUCGACCUGGAGCGCGACGGGCCGCGCUGCCACUACCGCGGCACGGUGGACGGCAGCCCGCGCUCGCUCGCCGUCUUCAACCUCUGCGGCGGCCUCGACGGCUUCUUCGCCGUGGGCCGCUCCCGCUACACCGUGCGCCCGGCGCGCCGCGCUCCGCACGGAGAGGCCGCGGCGCGGAUCUACGGCGAGGGCCCGGCCCGCGCCCCCCACGUCUUCCGCAGGGAGAGCUUCAGCUUCGAGACGGUGCCGGCCCGCACCAGCUGCGAGACCCGCGACCCCGCCAGGCCGGCGGGCGGGGACGGGCGGCGGCGGCGGCGGCGGCGCUCCGUGUCCCGGGCCCGGCAGGUGGAGCUGCUGCUGGUGGCCGACGCCUCCAUGGUGCGCAAGUACGGCAAGGGGCUGCAGCACUACCUGCUCACGCUGGCCUCCAUCGCCUCCCGGCUCUACGCGCACGCCAGCCUGGAGAACCACGUGCGGCUGGCCGUGGUGAAGGUGGUGGCGCUGGGCGACAAGGAGAAGGGGCUGGAGGUCAACAGGAACGCCGCCACCACGCUCAAGAACUUCUGCAAGUGGCAGCACCAGCACAACCGUCUCGACGACGACCACGAGGAGCACUACGAUGCCGCCAUCCUCUUCACCCGCGAGGAUUUAUGUGGGCAUCAUUCCUGUGAUACCCUGGGAAUGGCAGACGUUGGGACCAUCUGCUCCCCCGAGCGCAGCUGCGCGGUGAUUGAAGACGACGGCCUCCACGCAGCUUUUACGGUGGCUCACGAAAUUGGGCACUUGCUUGGGCUUUCCCAUGAUGACUCCAAGUUCUGUGAGGAGAACUUUGGCUCCAUGGAGGACAAGCGCCUGAUGUCCUCCAUUCUGACCAGCAUUGAUGCUUCAAAACCCUGGUCCAAGUGCACUUCAGCAACUAUCACAGAAUUCUUUGAUGAUGGCCAUGGGAACUGCCUGCUGGACCAGCCCAGGAAGCACAUUGUGGGCCCCGAGGAGCUGCCGGGGCAGACGUACGACGCCAUCCGGCAGUGCAAGCUGGCGUUCGGCGCCGAGUACACCGUGUGCCCCGGCAUGGACGUGUGCUCGCGCCUCUGGUGCGCCGUGGUGCGCCAGGGACAGAUGGUCUGCCUCACCAAGAAGCUGCCCGCCGUCGAGGGAACCCCCUGUGGCAAAGGAAGGAUCUGCCUCCAAGGGAAAUGCGUGGACAAAACCAAGAAGAAGUACUACUCUGCUUCAAGCCAUGGCAACUGGGGAUCCUGGGGCCCCUGGGGACAGUGCUCCCGUACCUGUGGGGGGGGAGUGCAGUUUGCCUAUCGCCACUGCAACAACCCAGCCCCCAGGAACAACGGGAGAUACUGCACAGGCAAGCGGGCCAUCUACCGCUCCUGCAACGUCACCCCCUGCCCUGCCAACGCUAAAUCCUUCCGACAAGAGCAGUGUGAAGCAAGGAAUGGCUAUCAGUCUGAUGCAAAGGGGGUCAAAACUUUUGUGGAAUGGGUCCCCAAGUAUGCUGGAGUACUGCCUGGAGACGUCUGCAAGCUCACCUGCCGAGCCAAAGGAACCGGUUAUUAUGUGGUAUUUUCUCAGAAGGUCACUGAUGGCACCGAGUGUCGACCCUACAGCAACUCGGUCUGCGUGCGAGGGAAGUGCAUCCGAACGGGCUGCGAUGGCAUCAUCGGAUCCAAGCUCCAGUAUGACAAGUGUGGGGUGUGUGGAGGAGACAAUUCCAGCUGCACAAAAGUCAUGGGAACCUUCACCAAAAAGAGCAAGGGCUACACGGACGUGGUGAAGAUCCCGGAAGGGGCCACCCACAUCAAGGUGCGGCAGUUCAAGAACAAGGACCAGAGCAGGUUCACGGCCUACCUGGCCCUGAAGAAGAAGAACGGGGAGUACCUGGUCAACGGCAAGUACAUGAUCUCCACCUCGGAAACCAUCAUCGACAUCAACGGCACCGUCAUGAACUACAGCGGCUGGAGCCACAAGGACGACUUCCUGCACGCCAUGGGCCACUCGGCCACCAAGGAGAUCCUGAUCGUGCAGAUCCUGGCCACCGACCCCACGCAGCCCGUGGACGUGCGCUACAGCUUCUUCGUGCCAAAGAAACAGGGCCAGCUGCCAAACUCUGUCCCCAGCAGCGGCGGUGGCAAAGUGACGGCGCCGGCCGCGCAGCCCCGCUGGGUGACGGGGCCGUGGCUCUCCUGCUCUCGAACGUGCGACACGGGCUGGCACACCAGGACUGUGCAGUGCAAGGAUGGGCACGGGAAACUGGCCAAGGGAUGUCUACUCUCCCAGAGACCCUCAGCCUUCAAACAGUGCUUGCUGAAAAAGUGCUAACCUGUGGUGGUGCUGAGCCGCUCUCCAAGAGGUUUGAGUAAGCCGCUGUCGGCAUACUGGUGUCAGGUCUGCCCACACAGACAGAAGCAAAGGCUUCAAAGUACUUGUGUUCAGUCUAAUUAUGGGCAGAAUCUGCCUGUUUGGACCAAAUGAAGAUGUGCACUGCUUUAAAUAAUGGUAGGGUGGUCUUAAUACGUCAAAGAAAGUAAGGUUAAAGUUGUUAUAAGCCCUCUGUGUCUGCAAAAACGUAAAAUAAAAUAAUGCAAAGGAAGAAAAACUAGUGAAUGGAGGAUCCUGGGAUAUUUGAAGGUUACAGAAUCAUCUCCCCUUUUUUCACCUACCUCUACUACAGUAUGUCCUUAGGAAAUGUCACAUGUCCCCAUGAUCCCACAGUAGCUUAUUUUAUACUGUUUUGUAAAUAUCUUUCAGUUGGUAUAUCACUUUAUAUCACUUCCUUCUAUUAAAGAAAUCAAAAGACAAACUACAUAAGCAAAAUGAUUGACCAAAGUAUAUCUGCAGCCCUUGUGGACUUGGUCCAUCCUUCAGAAAGGGCCACAGAUGUUUUACUGGAAAAUGAAGAGCUUGCUGCUGGUUUUAAAAAGUGAUACCUUUUGGUUUUGACAAAAGGAAAUACGUUUUCACGGUAGGAAUUUCCUGACACUAUAUCAUUAAUAUCUGACAAAUCCUGUGUUUCCACCCCAAAAUUCUCAGGAGGAGCCUUGCAGCAGCUUGCAGAGCAGGGAACCCCCCAUUGCUCCAGCAGCAGGAGCAUCAGCAGCUCCUCCUCGUGUGUGUGUGCCAGGCAUGCACCAAAGGAGGAGCUGGCUGCAGGAGGAGUUUGUGUACACUGUGCUUGUAAAACUCCCUGGUUCCAGCUGUGUCACAGCCUGGCUCCUUAUUGUCACUGAGCAAGAGCUGCUUGAGCUGCUCCUCUCCGUGAAACAAAGGCAUACUGUGCUUUGUAGAGAACUAGUUAGAGAACCAAAACUUACAGGUGAGGUAAUCAAGUGUUUUCUAACUCAGAUAUUCUGAGGCUGUGUUCAGCUGCUUUCUCUGGUAUUUUCUCUAUGGCUUCUGCCUUGAAUUUAACAAUGUGUAAUGUACCAACAUCUUUUCAAGAGGCUCUCAAGGUCAAAAAAACACAGCAAGCAGUUAAUAUUUUAUCACUGUUUUGUCCAUCGUGUGUCUAACUCUGGUAUUCAUCUUACCAGCAAAAGUUUGUAACUAUUUGUCUUUUUUUUUUUUAAUUGUUCUGUGUGUGUUUUGGGAUUUUUUUUAAAGCUAUAGAAGGCAUUCAUGUUUUGUAUAUCUACCACAUUUGGGAGGAAGAGGGGUCACUAGGAAGUCAAACCACAUCAGGAUGUGGAGGACUUGUCCAAUAUCAAUAAGACUGUUUCCACAGCACAGGCAGUAGCUGGUAACAGUUUUCCUUGGCAGCAAUUCCUGAAUCCUGUUAUUGUCUUGUGGAAGUUCUGUGACUGAGGCUGGGCAUUUCACCUUGUGCAGGUGGAGGCCUGAGAGCAACCCUGGUAAAAUUGCUCUCUUUAAUAUCAGCAGGCUUUGAAUUAGACCCUCAGAUAACAGGUACCAAAAGAAAUGGUAAAAAAACCACUGAUAAAAGUAGAACCCCACCUUUUAUGCCUUUGUUAAACUGCACAGGAGAGCAGGAGACUGCAGGAGGAUUUUCAGACAAGCCUUACUUGUAAGUCAGUGGUACUUGAGCACUGAAACACUUCAGGCUCUUCUGAAAAUCCCAGGCAUGAAAUCAGCAGGGAAAACUCGCUGGAGUGUGGAGCAAGAAGGGCAGGUCUGCCUCCAGGCUGACACAAACAUGUUUUUGCAACUGUGGCAUGUUUGUGUGAACUCUAAAAAAUCAUGUGAUGAUUUCAAAACAGCAUAGAGUUGCUACAUCUACAACUGUGAAAUCUGGAGAAGGAUCUGGUUUUUUACCCUGUUUUAAAUAAACAGUACCAAGGGCAGGGCCUCCUCCUCUGUUAAAUGGAUUGCCAACAAAUGUUAUUAAUCAGCUUUCAAAAAUGGUGUGGCCUUCUGUUCAGGAGUAGAUCCUGUGCAAAACUGUGCAUCUUGAUGAAUAGUCCCCAUUUAUUCUUGAUCCCAAUCUAAGAACUGAGAUCAAGGCUCAGAUGAUUUGCAGAAUGUUAAAAAGUAAACAUUUAUGCCUCCUCUGCCUGUUAAAAUAAGAUCACUUUGAAAUGCCUUGUUUUUCCUUCCAAGCAAUCUAAUUUUGAUGCUUAUGUAUGUAUUACACGUUGUAGAACCUCUCCAAAAAGUCCAUAACAAAUAGAAACCAUCAUGAGAGGAAAAAGAUCAGGAGAUUGAAUGUGUCUCAGCACAGACAACAUUUGUCUCAGCAUACAGCUGCUGCAUUAAGUGGUGUUUGUGUUCUGUCAUAAUAGAGACAGAAUGUGCAAGUAUUUGUGUUUGCAUCAUGGUAAUAAUUUUUUAUAUAUUCAGCAGGCUGAGUAAAGCUUUUGGAUGCUCUCUAGGCAUGCCAUAUGCGGGUAUAAAUUCAGAGCUUCCUUAGAUCAGGAAUAUCUUUUAAAAAUAAAAGAGUUUACUUAGAAAUAAAUAUGAGAACAAACCAACCACUUCAGUGAUUUUCACCAGUGUAGCAAUGAAGCAAAUUAACACAAGCAAAGAUGUGAGGGGCAAGGGGACAGACCAAGGCAGGACAUGAAAAAUGUAAGAUAAAGGAUAAGCCUUGCUUUUUCAGGUGCUCCUAAAUCAGAGUUGAGUUCCAAACCUUGCCUGUGGCAAGGCUGUCUCAUGUACCUGAUGGAUGAAGAAUUGGUGCAAGGUCUGUUCUCAGCUGAAUCCCAUGUCACUCACACUGUGACAUCAUUGUUUACAUUUCUGCCCAGUGUUGCACAGCUGGAUUCAUGAAAUGCACCGAGGGGAUGGAAACCUGGAAUUCUGCUCAUGGCACAGCCAGGAACAAUCUCAGUUUUAAAUUCACUCUGACUUUGGGACACACUUCCAGUGCCCAUGGGUGAAUUUGGACCCCAGAGCAUCAGUGGGGUCUUCAGCAUCUGCUUUUCAAGUAGGAUAUUCUCAUUAGGAAAAAGCCUGGCAUCUUUGGUUUGACUGUGUACAAGAAAUUAAGUUUAGCUGCCCUCCUGUGGAAACAGUUUUAUCACAAGGGGAAGAGGGAAUAAUCUUGUGGAUUAAUAGCAACUGUUUAAAAAAAAAAGCAACACAGCACUGAAAAAAAAUAAAAUAAUUUAUUGUUUUUACAACUGGUAUGUGAA